AUGGCUACCCAACGAAUGACAUUCUUCAAGGUCUUUGAUCCCCAGGCGCACUCUGACGACCUCAUCCAGAAAUACAACAUCUUGCGCGAGACCAAUAAAAAAGAUGGUAAACCAUAUAUCCGCUCCAUCAUCGCGAAGCCCACAAUCGCCAAUCGCCUCGACAACGGUUACAACUUCGUUGCAAUCACAACAUUCGACUCACUUGAAGACCUUGAGUUUUACGAUAAGGAAUGUCCGGCGCACAAGAAGUUGAAGGAGUUUUCCAAUGAGGUGACAGAACGCCCACCGCAGAGCGUUUGGAUUUACUUGUGA